AUGGCUCCAGACGCGGUGACCUCAGACCAGUCCGUCUCCAGCAACAGCAUCUUGCAGGAGAAAGCCUCCGAGGAGAGGAUCGAGAAUGUCGACGAGCCGCCCCGCCAUGUUGGCUACGACCCCAAGGCCACCAAGCGCCUGCUGAGGAAGAUGGAUGUCCGCCUCAUCCCCUUCCUCGCCCUGCUCUACCUUCUGAGUUUCCUCGACCGCACCAACAUCGGCAAUGCUCGUCUGGCAGGUCUUGAAACGGACCUGGGCAUGGCCGGGCUCGACUACAACAAUGCCCUCGCCAUCUUCUUCCCCUUCUACGUCGCCGCCGAGGUCCCCUCCAACAUGAUGAUGAAGCGGACCCGCCCUGCCUUGUGGAUCCCCAUCAUCAUGCUCGCCUGGAGCGUCUGCACCACCCUCAUGGGCUUGGUCGAGAGCUACGCUGGUCUGAUGGUUGCUCGUGCUGCCCUCGGUCUCGCCGAGGGUGGCCUCUUCCCCGGCGUCACCUUCUACAUUACCAUGUGGUACCGCAGGCAUGAGUGUGGCUUGCGCAUGGCCGUCUUCUUCUCCGCCGCCACUGCCGCCGGUGCCUUUGGCGGUCUUCUGGCCCGUGGCAUCGCAGAGAUGGACGGUGUUGGCGGUAGGCAAGGCUGGGCCUGGAUCUUCAUUCUCGAAGGCAUCCUCACCUUCAUAGUCGCUGUGGCCGCCUUUUUCGUCAUGCACGACUAUCCCGAAACUGCCAAAUUCCUCAGUGACGCCGAAAAGCGCGAAGUCACCAGCCGCUUGAAGCUGGACCGCAGCUCUCUUGCCGAUGAGUUUGACGUCAAGUACUUCUGGCAUGCUCUCCAAGACUGGAAGAUCUGGGUGCACAUGUUCAUCACCAUUGGCAUUUACACGCCGCUGUACUCCAUCUCUUUGUUCAUGCCCACCAUUGUCAGGGGUCUGGGCUACACGGACAAUGUUGCACAACUCAUGACGGUCCCCCCUUAUGUCGUAGCCUGCGUCUUUUGUAUUGGUGGCGGCUUCUUGGCCGACCGCAUGAAGACGAGAGGCGUAUUCAUGAUUGGGUUCUGCCUUGUGGCGCUUGUGGGCUUCAUCAUGCUCAUCGCGAGCGAGAACAACUCGGUCAAGUACGCCGGCGUCUUCUUCGCCGCGUCUGGCAUCUACCCCAACGUGCCGCAGGGGGUGGCGUGGAACGGCAACAACAUCGGCGGAUCGACAAAGCGUGGCAUAGGCAUUGCGAUGCACGUCGGCUUUGGCAAUCUGGGAGGUGCUGUGGCUUCGUAUAUCUACCGUUCCACUGACGCACCCCACUACUACGCCGGCCAUGGCACCCUUAUCGGCUUCAUCACCAUGAGCGCCGUUCUCAGCACCUUCAUGACCAUCUACCUGCGCAGGGAGAACGCCCGCCGCGACGCCGAGCACAAGAAGCCAAGCGAGUACACUGAGGAGGAGAAGACGCUCGAAAGGGAGAAGGGCGACUCUGCGACCUUCUUUAGGUACACGGUUUGA